CAUCUCUCUACCUUCCUGGAGAGCAUCAACAAACCACAAAGAGAUAGAGAGAGAGAAAAAAUAUUUCGAAAGAGAACCUCAAAGAAGCUAAUUAUUGACAGUUUCGCCGCUAAGUUUACGUUUCUGAGCAUUUCAACACCGCCAUGUGUGGAGGAGCAAUAAUCUCCGAUUUCAUCCCACCGCCGAGGUCCCGCCGCGUCACGAGCGAGUUCAUCUGGCCGGAUCUGAAAAAAAAAGGGAAAGCUUCGAAGAAGAAGCGAUCCGAUUUCCUCGAUCUGGAGGAUGAGUUCGAGGCUGACUUUCAAGUUAAGGAUGAUUCAUCUUUCGACUGCGAAGAAGAAGAUGAAUUCGACGUCGAUGAUGAUGAUGUCUUCGCCGAUGUCAAGCCCUUUGUUUUCACCGCAGGUACCAAGCCAGCAGCUUCCCCUCCCACCACUGGUCCAGUUUCUGGCGUAGAGUCUGGUGGGCAAGCUGAGAAAUGUGCUAAGAGAAAGAGGAAGAAUCAGUACAGAGGGAUUAGGCAGCGCCCUUGGGGCAAAUGGGCCGCUGAGAUCCGUGAUCCUAGAAAAGGCGCUAGAGAGUGGCUUGGAACAUUCGACACCGCCGAGGAAGCAGCAAGAGCUUAUGAUGCAGCUGCACGCAGGAUCCGUGGUAAUAAAGCUAAGGUGAAUUUCCCUGAGGAGAUGGUCCCUAGCAAACGCCCUGCUGCCAAGACCAGCAAUCUUAAGAAGCCAGUGGCUACAACUUUGGUUCAGCAGCCAACACAUGUGAAUCAGUACUGCAACAACUCCUUUAGUGACGUGAGUUUCACGGAACCGAAGCCUCAGGUGUUCAACAAUCAGUUCUUUGAUGUUGGAGGUAACAAUGGAUACCAGUAUUUCAGUUCUGAUCAGGGCAGUAACUCCUUGGACUGCUCUGAGUUUGGGUGGAGUGAUCAAGGCCCCAAGACACCUGAGAUCUCUUCAAUGCUAGUCAACAACAACCAAGCUCCUUUCAUUGAAGAAACCAACGCAGCCAAGAAGCUCAAAGCCAACUCUGGGGACGGGAUAAGCAACAAUGAUGGUUCUGAUGAUCUGAUGGCAUACCUGAACAACGCCUUGUGGGAGUCUCCGUUGGAAGUGGAAGCUAUGCUUGGCGCAGAUGCUGCUACUAUGACUCAGGAAGAGGCAAACCCAAUGGACCUAUGGAGCUUAGAUGAUAUCAACUCCAUGCUGGAUGGUGGUGUCUUCUGAAGUGAGUGAUGGGUUGCCUGGAUUGUAAAUAAAGCUGUGUGUUGGGUUUUGCUGUUGGGGGGAAUGGUACAAGGCACACCUGGAGCUUUAUCGUUGUCUUAUGAGUCUCUUACCCAUAGAGAGUGUCUCUUUUAAAUUCCUGAAAUAAAAGGGGGUGAGGAAGUAUAUAGAGUAUAUUAUUAUAAUUUCUAUCCAAUGACUCUCUUCCUUGAGUUUUUUUUUUUGUAUUUUUAUGACAAUUUAUUAAUGUUUUAAAAACUCUUUUUGGAUUUUUCUUUUAUAGUGUAUCAUCAUCACCCUCUGAAGUGUUUGUUUUGUACCCCAAAAAACUUAUAUAGAACUGUUUGGAACC